AUUGUUAGUUAAUGCAAGGGAGGGAGGGGGUGAGGAGAGAGAGAGAGCGGGAGAGAGAGAGAGAGAGAGAGCAUGGAUUUGGGCAGGGCUGUGGUUACCCAGCAUAAACUCGCUUUUUCCUUCGGUGACUACACCCCGAGAGGAGGAGCGUAGUAAGCGUCAGGAUCCUCAAUUUUUCAACUUAGCAUCUUGGCAGGACAUUUUCCCAAGCAAAGCCCCCCGUCCGACGGGUGAAAAAAAAAAAAAAAAAACUUCUGCGCGGGCAUGAGAUCGAGGGUGCAACUCAGAUAAGGGAGCCACAGAAAAAACAAAACAAUUCCGAGACAACACAUCCGACGGACAGUGGCUGGCUGCGGGCAAAAUAAUCCACCCAACACCUAAGCCUCUCUUUAUUUAAUCACUUUUACUGCUUCUUUUUUUUUCUUCCUUCCUUCCUUCCUUCCUUCGCCAUUGUCAUUUAGAAGGGGGAGGAAAGGCAGCUGGUCUGCAGACACACGGCUCUAUGCGCUCCGACAGCAGCGCAUAGAGAGAAAAAUAAAAGGGGAGGAAAGUGCGCAAGUUAAGUGGCUUCGACUCUCCGGGCUCCAGCAUGGCGUAUCCUCAGGGCUACUUGUACCAGCCGUCCGCCUCUCUGGCCCUGUAUUCGUGCCCCGCAUACAGCACCAGCGUGAUAUCGGGACCGAGAACCGAGGAACUUGGGAGAUCCUCUUCGGGAUCUGCUUUUGCGCCUUACGCCGGAUCUACCGCGUUCACUAGCGCCUCGCCGGGCUACAACUCCCACUUGCCAUACAGCGCGGACGCGGCAGCGGCUGCUACAUUCACCUCGUACGUGGUGAGUAAACUAAAGGGUUCUCCCUAUGACCACACCACGGGCAUGGCGGGCUCAAUCGGAUACCAUCCUUACGCAGCACCCUUGGGCUCCUACCCUUACGGUGACCCAGCAUAUCGUAAAAACGCUACGCGGGACGCCACCGCCACCCUGAAGGCCUGGCUCGGCGAGCACCGCAAGAACCCCUACCCGACCAAGGGGGAGAAGAUCAUGCUGGCCAUCAUCACCAAGAUGACCCUCACCCAGGUGUCCACCUGGUUCGCCAACGCGAGGCGCAGGCUAAAAAAGGAGAACAAGAUGACCUGGACCCCCCGGAACCGUAGCGAGGACGAGGAGGAAGACGAGAAUAUUGAUUUGGAGAAAAACGAUGAUGACGAGCCAAACAAGCCCACAGACAAGGGAGACUCCACAGACACAGAAGCAGAUCACAAACCGCUGAACCCAGGGGACGUGGGCUGUGACAGAUUUAAAGAGGAGAACCAUGGCAAAGACACGGAUCCCCUCCUGAGCGACUCGGAGUUAAAAGACCCGGAGGAGCGGACUACGGAGCUGCUGCCGGAUUCCGCGAAACCGACCACGUCGUCUCCCGCCUCGGCGCCGCAGCCCCGAGGGAACCAGGCCGCCGCGCAGCAGGACCAGCCGUCCGACUUGAGCCUCGCGACGGGCUCGGUGACCAGCAACGUGACCUCGGUCAUCCACUCGCCGCCUUCGGCGCCGAAGCCCAAACUCUGGUCCCUGGCGGAGAUCGCCACGUCCACGGACAGGUGCAAGGGCGAGCCGCCGCAGGGUGGCCCCGGUGCGGGUCAGAGCGCGGCGAUGGGCACCAACGCGUCUCCGUCGCGGUCCUCCCCUCAGUGCCCGCUCCCCAGCAGCACGGUCCUAUCCAGGCCUCUGUACUACACCUCCCCUUUCUACCCGGGCUACACGAACUACGGUGGCACUUUUGGACAUCUUCACAGUAGCCACGGCUCGGUGACCACGGGCCCCACGGCGCAUUUCAAUGGAUUAAACCAGACUGUGUUAAAUAGAGCAGAGGCUUUGGUAAGAGAGAGCCAGAAAGUCAGAAGCCAAACGCAGGUAGAUCUUUGUAAAGACUCCCCUUAUGAACUGAAGAAAGGUAUGUCAAACAUUUAAUACCUGCUUAUUUUCCACUCGCUGCGGACUUUUAUUUAUUUUUUUGUGGUUGCAUUAAAAAGAAGAAAAAAAAAGAAUAAUGAUGAAGCAAAUUCUUCUAUUCAGAGUAAAUGCUUAUCUUGAAAUUUUUAGUUUCUGAAUGGUUAAUUAUAAAGUGUAAAGAGAAUGGUCUUAAUUGCUGCAGCCACCUGAGUCUGUUUGUAUCAAAGACUAACAUGUAUAUUUAAUGUAGCAUUUUUGUAUUUAAAAUGGACAACACACUAUCUUUGAAGUAAAUUAUGGAAGAAAAAAAAAAUGCUUGUGCAGCGAUUAUUUUUGGUGAGCCAUUGGCUUCGCCUGAUACGUGUCAAAAGUACUUCAAGGCCAAUUUAUCUACACGAAAUAUGAAUAAUUGCACCGUGACAGAUGUUUCUAUGGUAGUUGCCAUUUCAAAAAAAAAAAAAAAGCUUUUGGAAGCGAGAGCUUUGACAAAGCAAAGGCCUACAUUCAGCCGGAUGUUGGAAACUCUAAACAAUAAAAGAGUUCAUCUUCGUUCUGGGUCAUUCAAAUACAUCGUUUAAUCUUUUUUUGUGCCUUAAGAAUGUUGCAAUCAACACUCAAUAUUGGUCCGGGAAAUAACACCAUUUUAUUUUCUCUUUGAAUACAACGAGGGCCUCUGUUUUUUUUUUUUACUUGAGCAUGUUUCCAAAAGUGGAUAUUGAUAUCAUAACAACACCGAGGCGCAGUCGUUUAACCCAAUUACCUAUCGUGUUUUAUGCGGAGCAAUCAGGUGGUGAACCCCGGUAAUGAGCUCGAUUUUAUGCCAAAUUUAGAGCUCAUUACUAUUUUCCAAGGCGUGGCAAAGCUGUUAAAGGGGACGCGACCAUGCAUUUAGAACAUACUGGCCUAUUAUAUAUCAUUAAUGAAGAGUAUCUUUAAUGGCGCGUUGGAUGGUGAAACGCUGCUGUUUGGAGAAAAGGGAGAAUGCCGUCACGCACACGCGCAGAGACAGACGGAAGACGUUGCACCGUGUAGCCGGUUAGCCAGGCGCUGUCCUCUUAACUCUUCCAACUUCUGCAGGUAGGUGUCACACUUGCUCCUAAUUUCAGGGGGGGACUCUUUUGUUAAUCCGUCACGGAAACCCAUCCCUGAUCAAAUGGCCUGGUUAAAAAGGAAGUGGAGCCAAUGGGGCACACACACA